GAGGAGGAGGAGGAAGAGGAGGACUCCUCCAGGGUCCAGCUACCCAGCUACCCAGCAAGCCACUGAGUAAGAGUAAGAUUUACAGAAGUUAGAGAAAAGGAAAAGCCCAGAGGCAAAAGGUAGAUGGGAUAUGUUAAGAUAAGAAAAGCUAGCAAGAAACUAAGCCAAGCUAAGGCCGGGCAUUGAUAAUUAAGAAUAGGCCUCCGUGUGUGAUUUACUUGUGAGCUGGGUAGUGGGCCCCUCAAAAAAGAGUAAAAAAACAACCAACAACAGUGAAUUAUUGCUCCAAUCUAUUCCAAAAGAGCACACAAUAAAAGGUGAUCAUUGUCUCAGGUAUAGGGGCUCAGAAGUUGACUGCUAGUUUUUUUGAGAAAGAUACAAAUUCUAUGUCAAGGAAUCCACCCUGAUGAGGACAGUCACUUCUGGUAGAUUUUGUAGAAAAGAUGAGUAUUUUAGGAAAACAUACGUGUGCAUACAAUCCCCCUAACCUUAAAUGACAAGAUUUUUUUUUUAAUUUUUAACUUUUUUCAUUGUAAGGAUGUUUUGCCUGCAUGUAUGCCUGGUGUCCAAAGAGACCAGAAGGUGCCAAAUUCUCACAUGGAACUGGAGUUACAGAUGGUUUCAAGCUGCCGUGUGGGUGCAGAACCCAGGUCUUCUAGAGGAAUAGCCAAUGGUCCAACCACUAAGCCAUCUCUCUAGUCCAAACUGACAAGGUUUUCAAGCAAAGAAAACCCAAUGUGCUAGCUACAGAGUGACAACCGAGUCUACUGGUGACCACACAGGUAUGUGUUGGGAGAGGGGUAGGACACACAGGGCAGGACUGCUAGAUUUAUCUGUAGCUGACUCAUUCCAAAUUUUAGGAUUUUAUCAUUCACCAAUUAAUCCAUCCACUUUUUAGAGGAAAAAAAAAAAAGCUUGUUACAUCUGUGAAUUCAAUAGUGAACAAUAAGUCAGCCGUUCCAAAACCAAAAUAGAGCUUUUGAUCCUCAGUUAUAUAAUUCUCAUUGCUACAAGAGGGGUUCUCUUAGAAUUGUUAUGGAAUCUCUUUGAUUCUCAUACCAUAGGAGAGCUGAUGGACCUGGGCUUGCCAUUUCUCUUUAUAAGCAUUCAGAAGUACUCCAAAGCAUCCUCCCCCACCAUUGUCCUUAUAGUCCCUUUUGUAGCCAUGAAGUCAAACAUAGCUGUCACCUCAUCGCCCCCAUGUAUUUGCUCCAUUGGCAUUUCAUCAGCAUCAACCACAGGUGAUUGCUUAAUUAACUGAGGUGCUCUUCGUGACCCAAAUUAUCAUUCUAUUUUCCAUUGGCAAGGCUCUUGAGGCAAAGGCCAGUCAAUCUGACCUUUAAAUCCAGUCUUUGCAGGUCCGUCUCUUGGGACUACUUCCUGGACACUGAAGGCUUAAUAAAACUGAUUCUUAACUCUAAUAGGGAAUUAAACAACGAGGGAUUCACUAGCAAGAAAACCAGAGGGAAUACAGACAGCAGCUGUGGAGAGCCAACCUUAUAAUUACCUCUUGAGCUGAUAAAGGGCCCCCCCCCCCAAAGACAGCCCUGCCCACCCAGUUAAGGGCUAAGAUGAUAAGCGAUGGCAUGGCAACUGUAGUAUGGUUGACUGAGGAAUAGAGAAGUCAUUGUGAUUCUUGCUAUGCAUUGUUGCUAGAGAGUGCCCGGAAAGCUCUUCAUGCCUUACGCCAUUACAAAACUGUUGGCCACCAAGGAGUUUGGACUUGGAAAAAGUCAAGUAUGCUAGGAGAAACUGCUUAUCAGAUAUAUUAGAACCAGGAAGCAAGUUCCUUGGUUUCCUGUAAUGUCUCUUCAGCACCCUCUACUGACUGAAAGUCCCAGAAGGAGAAGACAAACCCACUUCAAAGGCCCAGAUUCAUUUUCACAGCGCGGUGCAAAAGGGUGCAUUUGGAGCCGAGAGGCUAUAAUUCAAUAGUCGGCACAAGCUUUUCUCAGAUCCCUCUCAUUAGAUUUUGUCGACAGAUGUCUACAUCUGCCCGCAUGAGGCUUUGUCGGCCUCUUUUCCUCCCAGGUUUCCUCCCAGGAUGUUGCCAAAAGCAAGAGGAAGAGAUGAGUCCAAAAAGGAUCCCCCAGAUUUCUGGUCUAUCCUUCCUAACGGCCCUUCACCGACCCUUCCAGGGCACGCUGAUCUGGGUGUUCCAGGAGAGAAGACCCGACCAGAGAGGAUGGAAUUUGGGGAAUGAACCACAGCCGCUAUGGAACGCCGGCUGUUGGAACCCUGGAAGCACCCUACUACUGGCCUCAACGCCUGCAAAACCUCCUCCCUUGUCACCAAAGCCUCUUGAGGUCUUCCUACUGUCAGGGCCCAGUGAGGCAGGCGCUGGGCGGGCCUGGCGGGCGACGCGCUGUGAUUGGGCGCCAGGGGGCCCGCCCCCUCAUCCCGGCGCGUCGGGAGGGGGCGGGGCCAACCGGCUGCCCAGCUCCGGGGCUACGGGCGCCUAUUGACCCAACAGCCGCCGCUGCCGUCUCCUCCGGCUCGUGGCGGGCGGUCCUGGAGCGCCGAGUGGCGCUGGGGAAGCCGGCUCUUCCUUCCGUGGCUGCCGCCGCCAUCUCCGCGUUUUCGGGGCGGGAAGGAGGGGGGUGCUCACGGCUGCAGCUGGAGCGGGCUCCUCUCCGGGGACGGUCCUCUCCUUGCUCUCUGCUUUGCCUCCCUCCCGGCGCCGCCCGCCCCCUUGCGCCCUCCGCGUGCAGCUCCGGCCCGGGAGGGAGAAGGUAGGGGAGGCGGGGGCCGGGAGAGGCCGGGGAACGGACACACACACCCGAGGAAAGUCCUGGAUCGCAGCGCCCCGGAGCCCAAGGUGCACCCCGGCCGGGCCCCCGCAGUAGCCGCGGCAGGAAGGGGCUCCGGCGGGGACGCGGGGGCGGUGUGGCGGGGGCGGGCCUGGGUGUCCCAGCGCUAAGUUGUGGGGCACGGCGCUUCCAGGUCCAGUUCCUCCUUCCGCGCGCUCCUCGCUCCCAGCGCUGCACGCUCGGCCCCGGAGCCGCGGAACCCGCGCGUUCUCUGGGCGCCGAGGACACGCCUGCCCUUGUCGAGAAAACUUUUCCUGCCGACUCAGUCGAGGCGGCGGUGGCAGGAAGUCGGGGCAGCGACCUCUCCUCUGCCUGCUCCGCGCGCCCUACUACGGGUGUCGGUCCCCAGCAGGAGAGCAAGUUCGUGGGGACCCUUUCCUUUGCUGCUCAGGAGUCCGUCUUGCAGGGACCGCCAGCCCCGGGGAGGGCAGCGGGCCAGGGCGUAGGCCGAGGGCGCAGGCCGAGGGCGCGUGGUGGCUCCGGGGACGAGGUGCGGAGCGCGACCGGGACCCGCGCUGUAGAGUGUGCAGCCCAGAGCAGAGAGCCCUCGGCGACCGCGGACUGGAGUCCCCAGUCCUCCGCCUCUCUCGUUUGAGGACCGUGUCCUGGCUCCGAGGCUAUCGAGGAAAAAAUGAAGUUAAGUCGCCAGUUCACCGUGUUCGGCAGCGCGAUCUUCUGCGUCGUCAUUUUCUCACUCUACCUGAUGCUGGACAGGGGUCACUUGGACUACCCUCGGGGCCCGCGCCGGGAGGGCUCCUUCCCGCAGGGCCAGCUUUCGAUAUUGCAAGAGAAGAUAGACCAUCUGGAGCGUUUGCUGGCGGAAAACAACGAGAUCAUCUCAAAUAUCAGAGACUCGGUCAUCAACCUGAGCGAGUCUGUGGAGGACGGUCCGAAAGGUUCCCCGGGCAAUGGCAGCCAAGGCUCGGCACACCUCCUCUCCUCACAGUCCGCCCUGCAGGUUGACCCCAAAGACUGUCUCUUUGCCUCCCAGAGCGGAAGUCAGCGUCGGGAUGUGCAGAUGUUGGAUGUUUAUGAGCUGAUUCCUUUUGAUAACCCAGAUGGUGGAGUUUGGAAGCAAGGAUUUGACAUUAAGUAUGAGGCUGAUGAGUGGGACAGUGAGCCCCUUCAAGUGUUUGUGGUGCCUCAUUCCCAUAACGACCCAGGUUGGUUGAAGACUUUCAAUGACUACUUUAGAGACAAGACUCAGUAUAUUUUUAAUAACAUGGUCCUAAAGCUGAAAGAAGACGCAAGCAGGAAGUUUAUAUGGUCUGAGAUCUCUUACCUUUCAAAAUGGUGGGAUAUCAUAGAUAAUCCGAAGAAGGAAGCUGUUAAAAGUUUACUGCAGAGUGGUCAGCUCGAGAUUGUGACAGGUGGCUGGGUUAUGCCUGAUGAAGCCACAGCACAUUAUUUUGCCUUAAUUGACCAACUGAUUGAAGGGCAUCAAUGGCUGGAAAGAAAUCUAGGAGUGAAACCUCGUUCAGGGUGGGCCAUAGAUCCUUUUGGACAUUCACCCACAAUGGCUUAUCUUCUAAAACGUGCUGGAUUUUCACACAUGCUCAUCCAGAGGGUCCAUUAUUCAGUGAAAAAACACUUCUCUUUGGAAAAAACGUUGGAAUUUUUUUGGAGACAGAAUUGGGAUCUUGGAUCUGUCACAGACAUUUUGUGCCACAUGAUGCCCUUCUACAGCUAUGAUAUCCCUCACACUUGUGGACCUGACCCUAAAAUAUGCUGCCAGUUUGAUUUUAAACGGCUUCCUGGAGGCAGAUAUGGUUGUCCCUGGGGAGUCCCACCAGAAGCAAUAUCUCCUGGAAAUGUGCAAAGCAGGGCUCAAAUGCUACUAGAUCAGUACCGGAAAAAGUCCAAACUUUUCCGAACUAAAGUUCUCCUGGCUCCUCUAGGAGACGACUUCCGGUAUAGUGAAUACACAGAGUGGGAUCUGCAGUAUAGAAAUUAUGAGCAACUAUUUAAUUACAUGAAUUCUCAGCCCCAACUUAAAGUGAAGAUUCAGUUUGGAACUUUGUCUGAUUAUUUUGAUGCACUGGAAAAAGCAGGGGCAAAGGAGAAGAAGGGUAGCCAGUCCCUGUUCCCUGUCGUGAGUGGAGACUUCUUCACCUACGCUGACCGGGAUGAUCAUUAUUGGAGCGGCUACUUCACAUCCAGACCUUUCUACAAACGAAUGGAUCGAAUCGUGGAAUCUCGUUUAAGGACUGCUGAAAUUCUUUACUAUUUGGCCUUGAAGCAAGCUCAGAAAUACAAGAUAAAUAAGUUUCUCUCAUCACCGCACUACACAACACUGACAGAAGCCAGAAGGAACUUAGGACUGUUUCAACAUCAUGAUGCCAUCACAGGAACCUCGAAAGACUGGGUGGUUGUGGAUUAUGGUACCAGACUCUUCCAGUCAUUAAAAUUUUUGGAGAAGAUAAUUGGGGAUUCUGCGUUUCUUCUCAUUUUAAAGGACAAAAAGAUGUACCAGUCUUACCCUUCUGAGACCUUCUUAGAGAUGGAUAUGAAUCAAAGUUCACAAGAUUCUCUGCCAACAAAAACUGUAAUAGAACUGAGUGCAAAGGAGCCAAGGUACCUCGUGGUCUACAACCCUUUUGAACAAGAGCGGGACGCAGUGGUGUCCAUCUGUGUGAACUCCGCUACGGUGCAAGUGCUGUCUGAUUCCGGAAAGCCUGUGGAGGUCCAAGUCAGUGCAGUCUGGAAUAACGCGAGAACGAUUUCACAAACAGCCUAUGAGGUUUCCUUUCUGGCUCAUACACCACCGCUGGGAAUGAAAGUGUACAAGAUCUUAGAAUCUCAGAGUCCAAGUUCACACAUGGCUGAUUAUGUCCUGUAUAAUGAUGUACUAGCAGAAAAUGGAAUAUUCCACAUGAAGAACAUGAUAGAUGCGAAGGAUGCCAUAACUAUAGAGAACCCCUUCCUUGCAGUCUGGUUUGACCGAUCUGGGCUUAUGGAGAAAGUGAGAAUGAAAGAGGACGGUAAGCACCAUGAAAUAAAGGUGCAGUUCCUAUGGUAUGGCACCACAAACAAGAGAGACAAAAGUGGUGCCUAUCUCUUCUUGCCUGAUGGGCAGGGCCAGCCAUAUGUUUAUCAACGGCCACCCCUUGUCAGAGUGACACGUGGAAGGCUCUAUUCAGAAGUGACCUGCUUCUUGGAACACGUGACUCAUAAAGUCCGACUAUACAACAUACAGGGGAUAGAAGGACAGUCAAUGGAAGUUUCUAAUAUUGUGAACAUUGAAAAUGUGCAUAACCGUGAGAUUGUAAUGAGAAUUUCAUCUAAAAUAAACAACCAAAAUAGAUUUUAUACUGACCUAAAUGGAUACCAGAUUCAGCCUAGAAGGACAAUGAGCAAAUUGCCUCUUCAAGCCAAUGUUUACCCAAUGAGUACGAUGGCCUACAUCCAGGAUGCUGAGUACCGGCUCACACUGCUCGCCGCUCAGUCUUUAGGCACUUCCAGCAUGGCUUCCGGUCAAAUUGAAGUCUUCAUGGAUCGAAGACUCAUGCAAGAUGAUAACCGUGGCCUUGGGCAAGGCGUUCAUGAUAAUAAGAUUACAGCUAAUUUGUUUCGAAUCCUGCUGGAAAAGAGAAAUGGUGUGAACAUGGAAGAAGACAAGAAGAGUCCAGUCAGUUAUCCUUCCCUCCUCAGCCACAUGACUGCGUCCUUCCUCAACCAUCCCUUCCUCCCCAUGAUAGUAAACACCAAGCUCUCCUCCCCCGCUGUCGAGCUGCUGAGUGAACUGGCGCUGCUUCAGUCAUCUUUACCUUGUGACAUCCAUCUGGUUAACCUACGCACAAUACAGACGAAGAUGGGCAAAGGCUAUUCUGAUGAGGCAGCCUUGAUCCUCCACAGGAAAGGGUUUGAUUGCCAGUUCUCCAGUAGAGGCACGGGGCUUUCCUGUUCUACUACUCAGGGAAAGAUGUCAGUCCCCAAACUUUUCAACAAGUUUGCUGUGGAAAGCCUCAUUCCUUCCUCACUGUCCUUGAUGCACUGGCCUCCAGAUGCCCAGAACGUGAGUGAGAUCAACUUGAGUCCCAUGGAAAUCAGCACAUUCCGGAUCCGCUUGAGGUGAAACCGACUUUCUUCGGAUUGGAGUGGAGAAACUCUGGCUUUGUUACCUUCAUGGUUUUUACGUGCAAUAACUAAGCACAUUACUUUAGCUUCUGGCUACUGGGAGAACAUGAAUUCUGUGAUUUUUUUUUUUUUAAAACUAGUCUAGUAAGAAGAAGAAAAAGCCAUGUUUUCAAAAGGUUUCUUUUUCUAAGUUUGUCCCACAAACUACUACUGUCAGUGUGAACUGAAGUAACAAAACAAAAAAAGGAAUAUUGAAAAACAGCCCCUCAACAGACUGUAUCUCAGGUUAAAUGCUCACUAAUUAUGUUUGAAUUGAGGGUUGUAAAGCGAUUCUUAAAAAUAUUCAUGUUUCUGAUUAUUGGUUUUAUAAAAAAUACCCAUUUGACCUAAAUGGAAAGAAAAAGACAAAAGUUGGUAGGUAAUAGUUUUUAAUGACCAAAAUAGUUGUAAUCAUUGAUCAUUGCUACAAAUUUAAAUUUUUGUGUGUGUUUAAAAUAUGUGGCAAAGUGCAAUCCCUCAACCCUUAUGAUAAAUGUCAUUGAUUUUCAUACUCCUUCCCAAUGAACCUCUCAAUUACCAUUUCCUACCCAUACAUUUAAAAAAAGAACUUGUUUUUUUAGUCAUUCGCCAGUAGAAAAAGAGGCAUAUUUUCAUUACUUGACAAUGUGGGAUGGGUGCAAUGUAGUCCAUUGUCACUGAAACAGAAGAAGCAAUUCCAUUUUCGGUACCACGAGGUGUCUUUUUACAUAGCUCAUUUGAAUACAGGUGUUCCAAGGCGGGGUUUUCUAUUUUUAAAUUACCAUAUCAAAAAUAAAUGUGCCUUAUUUUUUUAUAAGUCUUGUUAAACCUUUUGGUGUCCAUAUUACUGUGUGGGAAGGGGAGGGGUGUGGGGAGGCUGGGGCAGGGGUUGGGUGCUUUCUAUAACACGUAAAUUAUGUAACUUUUGCUUGAUAAUGCUGGCCACAUUCUCAUCUGUUUCAUUAAAUUUGUGGUGGUGUUACUCUAAACAUUUUGACUAUUUGAAUGUACUGAGAUGUCAGAAAACAAAACAAGGAAGAAAAAUAUUGUUAAUUAAAAUAUGCUGCUGCCAAGGAAACAGCGACUUGAAGCAAGGAUUUUGUAACACAUGAGAUCCAAAUCCUGUUUGCAUUUCACAGUAGUCAACCAUAUUAAAGAGAGAAGGCUUUAAAAGAGACUGUCUUAAAAUCCACUGCGUGUCGCUCAUCUUGAUGUGUUUAACUAAAGACUAGGUUCCAAACUUUGGUGUGUGGUGACCUCAGUGUGUUAUUCUAGCCCAUGUGCCAUCACAGGACUUUUAAGUUCAUUUGAAAUCAUUGUUUCUUUAAUAUAAUAAUAGUAUUUAAUGUCAGCCUAGAAAAGAAUUCUCUGGCUAUGUACACUUUUGAAAAAUUCUCCUCAGUGUCUUAACCUGGUUUAGAAUUCUCUGACUUCAAACUUCCAUUUACCUCUUGUCAUUCCAAUACCCUUACAGAGAAAAGCAUUUAUUCUGAUAGUCCUCUGGAUUUUCACUCUAGACGCAGCUCCUGCACUCACUGUUCGGUUCUGCUCAUAAACUCCUUUGCCUAUAAAUCAUCAAGGAAACAAUUCCAGAGUCGACAACAGUACUGCAAGGGUAUGAUUUCAUGCAAUAAGCAUGUGAUGUCCAUUCCCUUCCUCACUUGUUGGGGAAUAAGCAUCUGAAAUACAACGGAACACCUUCCAUCUGUAGACCUCUGCAGACAUUGGCUAGGAUAGCCGGGAGCAAAUUCCAGGAACAGGAUCGGUAUUCUGGUUGUAUCUUAAGGGUGUAGCUUCCUGUGGGUGUUCACUGUGUUCGGUGGUUAAGUGACGGUACUUAAGCCCUGCAGAAAUUCUGACCGGAUGAAAUGAAAACUGACGCAAUAAAAAUGGGUCUGCCCUGUGCCAGUCGGGGCCCUGGCUCAGUGUGUGCUGCUGCCACCAGCUCUUUACUCACAGGUGAAGCAGAAAUUCUACGGAACCAGCAAGUUUCUGCUUUUUAACGUUAUUUUCAGACUACAGCAUCAGGGAAAUGAAGAGAGGGUUUUUUUGCUUUGGGUCAUGGUCAAGAAUUAACUAAAUAAUUCAGUUUCUCUGGCACACAUGAACAUCCAGCCACACUUCUGUCGUGACCUCAGUGGUCUGUUUGGUUGGAUUUUAUUACACGGAUUGUCACAGAUGUUCAGUGGACCAAGGCAUUGCUUUACUGUUCUCUCCUCACUUCUUGAAAUUUUAAUUUUGUUUAAUAGGUGCAUUGUUCAAAUAUCAGUGUUCUUCUUUUCUAAAAAUAUUGAUUUUAAAUAAAAUGCUGUAAGAUGUUAUAAAACAUCGUAAUUAGCUCCCUGUGUCUUUGUACCUGUGCUGAAAUGUUUUCACAGUCCUUUGUCUAGAAGAAAAUGUUUACUUUCAUUUUGAUUAUUUUGCUCAUUGAAAUCAACAGGUUUUGAUAUUUUUCUCUUGGAAGAUUUUUAUAACUUUUUGGGAAUAUGUAAUAUAAGAUCUCUAAUAAAAUAUAAUCUUAUCCUGUG